AUGAGUGAACUGGAGCAGUUGAAGCAGGAAGCAGAGCAGCUGCGUAACCAGAUCCGGGACGCCAGGAAAGCAUGUGGCGAUUCCACGCUGACCCAGAUCACCGCUGGCCUCGACCCGGUGGGCCGGAUCCAGAUGCGAACGAGGCGGACGCUGCGCGGCCACCUGGCCAAGAUCUACGCCAUGCAUUGGGGGACGGACUCCAGACUUUUGGUUAGUGCCUCUCAAGACGGCAAGCUGAUCAUCUGGGACAGCUACACCACUAACAAGGUGCACGCCAUUCCGCUGCGGUCAUCCUGGGUGAUGACCUGCGCCUACGCGCCCUCCGGGAACUACGUGGCCUGCGGAGGUCUGGACAACAUUUGCUCCAUCUAUAGCCUCAAAACCCGCGAAGGGAACGUCCGGGUCAGUCGGGAGCUACCAGGACACACGGGGUACCUCUCCUGCUGCCGGUUCCUGACCGAUAACCAGAUCAUCACCAGUUCGGGAGACACCACUUGUGCCCUGUGGGACAUCGAGACGGGCCAACAGACCACCACCUUCACAGGCCACAGCGGGGACGUCAUGUCCCUCUCACUGUCCCCCGACAUGCGCUCCUUCGUCUCGGGCGCUUGCGAUGCUUCGGUCAAGCUGUGGGACAUCCGAGACAGCAUGUGCCGGCAGACCUUCACAGGACACGAAUCCGACAUCAACGCUGUCUGUUUCUUCCCCAACGGGAAUGCCUUCACCACGGGUUCCGAUGAUGCCACCUGUCGCCUCUUCGACCUACGUGCCGACCAGGAGCUGAUGCUGUACUCGCACGACAACAUCAUCUGCGGCAUCACCUCGGUGGCCUUCUCCCGCAGCGGGCGCCUCCUGCUGGCCGGCUACGAUGACUUCAACUGCAACAUUUGGGACUCCAUGAAGGGCGACCGGGCAGGGGUCCUCGCUGGCCACGACAACCGGGUCAGCUGCCUGGGCGUGACGGACGACGGCAUGGCUGUAGCCACCGGCUCCUGGGACAGCUUCCUGAAAGUCUGGAACUGAACCAGCCUUCAGCUGGAUGGGGGCUGGGGGGAG